ACUGCUUAAAACAGGCUGCUUAUGAACAUGCACUAUACAAAAAGACUUUGCACAUUGUAUCACUGUAUUUUUGAUGCCAUGUGUACCGGUGAUGGUUUUUAUUACACUUCUUAUUACACAGAAGUCAAAACACCUUACUACGUCUCUUACUAAUUAUUAAUGUACUGCUAUUAAGAACUCGGUUAUAUAAAUCUGUUGUGAUUAGGUGUGUCAGUUGUGUACUAAAAUUAUGUCCAUUGCUCUCUCUCUCUCUCUCUCACUUUUUUCCUUAUUUGCACCAAAGCUGGCCAUUGUAGGCCUGUCAAGCAUAACAUAUUAUAAUAACUUGAUCCCUCUGUUAAUAUUAAGUGUACCUGUGCAAACAGUGACUAACCAGAGAGAUUAUUGGUAAGUCCUUGUUGAAGAAACCACACCUCUGCUAUAUAGCCACAUCCUGUUAAGAGUGUGUGGUUACUGCAAUAUCAGCCAACAAGCUGGUUUCAUUGUUGCUGCUGUUUAUCGGCUACGUUGCUUAACACCAUGGCGAAAGUCCUAGAUGUCAUGACAGUUUUAAUCAUUGCUUUGGGGAUGUUACAAGAAUCAACAGCUACCACGACCACUCCACCAGCAAUGCAAAUGACAGGACAAGACACCACUGAAACACACCAUUCAUCAAGCACAGCAUCUUUGACCACCCAUUCUACCUUUUUGACUAAUUCUCCAAACACACUGACUUCAACUUUGAACAAAACAGAUCGAGCAAGCAGCGCAUCUCCUGAAACAAGCAUCUCUCUAACAGCCACAUCUUCACAGUCACACACAUUGUCACAUGGCGAGAUCAACACCACGAACCCAAACAACACCACUUUAGUGGUCAGUAACAGCAGUGGAACCACUGCAUUAAGGACAACUGAACUUGCUUCAGUAAUAACCAUCCUGUCAUCUCCUGGAGAACCUGGUAAGACAUUGAUUACAACCCCAAGUUCAGCUCCCAGUAAUAAAGGACAAGACAGCUUGGCGAGGAACCCAGGCCUUGUGGCCAUCCUGUGCAUUUUCUGUAUCGUUUUGGCUUUGGUGAUUGUGGUUGCAAUCGCCAAGCUCAUCAGCUGCAGAAAAACCUCGCAGUUUGAAAGGCUGGAUGAUGUACCGAUGAGCAAGAUUAAAGAGGAUGCACCAUUUGCUCGAUACCCUUCACAGUAGACCAGACUUUGAAGACUUUCAUCAUGCUGGCAUCAGGCAUGAGAGUGUAAAUGCAGACUGGGAAAUGGGUGGAGUUUUGGAUGGAGUCCAAAAUGUCCUGCUUCAUGUAAAAGCUGUAGUGCGUUGCUGUAAUAACAUAAUGGCAUGUCAGACAUGUUUUAAGAAUUAGAAAUGAUUUAAUUUCAAUGCUAUUUUGAAUUGUUUUAAUGUUACAGUAAGACAGUUUGGUGUAUUCACAUGAUUAUAAGAGCAUUGAUGUGUGUGUGCAUGUAUGUGUGUAUGAAACAAAGGUAGCAUGAGUGUGUGCAUGUGUAGGUGAGUAUGUGGGAUUAUCAACUGAGUCAUGUCAUUUCUUUUGGCUUGAAUGUCUGCCCACUAUAUCGUACAUUCACUAACGAGACUUGAUUUGCUGUUAAAACUAUUGUUGGUCAUGAGUGCAAAGAUUGGUGAAGCUACAAAUAAUGAAGGGCAUGCUUCAGCAUAGCGUUGAGUAUUUUUCGGUAAUUGAAGCUUAAUAAGAAAUAAUUAUUUUUAUACAAUCAAUACAUUAACUAGGGUGGCACUGCCACCUCACAUUUCCAGGUUCCUGACUUUAGGUUCUUCGCAGUGCAGUUUCUCCAGUUCUUCCCAUAUCCAUAAGCUUCCACCAGGGGGGGCUGGUUUCCUUUUACCUCCCAAAGACAAGCCAGUAAGUGGAUUGGUGACUCUAAAUUGCCCCUAGGCGUGAAUGUGUGUUUACAUGGUGCUCUGUGAUAGUCUGGAGUUCCAUCCAGAGUGUAUUCUCGCCUCACACACAGUGUUCCUGGGAUAGGCUCCAGCUCUAAUGAAAACCUGACCAGGAUAAAGUGCUUUCUGAAGAUGAAUAAAUGAAAGGUUGGAAAUAUUGACCUAAAUGGGAAAAGGAAGUUUUGGAACUUAUAUAUAUAUAUAUAUAUAUAUAUAUAUAUAUAUAUAUAUAUAUAUAAACACAAGCCCUGCGAUGACCUGGCGACUUGUCCAGGGUGUACCCCGCCUUUCGCCCGUAGUCAGCUGGGAUAGGCUCCAGCUUGCCUGCGACCCUGUAGAACAGGAUAAAGCAGCUUAGAGAUAAUGAGAUGAGAUAUAUGCACACAAUACUGUGCAAAAGUCUUAGGCACAUGUAAAAAAAAAAUACUGUGGACCAAAAAUCAACAUUUAAGAAAAAAAUACCAUAAACAGCAGUAAGCCAUAAUAAAUUAAACAAAGUCAAUAUUUGGUGUGAGACGACCCUUUGCUUUAAAAAAAAAAUAGUAGUCUCAGGUACAAUGAGUGCAGUUUUAUGCAGAAACGAGCUGUAGGUUUUACUGAGCAUCUUACAGAACCAGCCACAGUUCUUCUGGACACUUUGUCUGUCACACUCGCUUCUUCAAUUUGCACCAAAACCCAGCAGCCUUCAUUAUGUUUUCUUUUUUACUCUGAAACGUGCUCUCAUGUAAUAUGCUGCUCAGAUACAGACAUUUUUUUUCCCUGUAACAUUUAAUUUUGUGCUGGAAAACAAACAUUUGGACUCAAAAAUGUUUUUGUACCGACUCGAUAAUGUUGAGGUCAUAAAAUAGAAAUCUAUCACAAAGUUUGAAUGAAAAUUUGCACAGUACUGUGUGUAUAUAUAUAUAUAUAUAUAUAUCCAUAACCACGUAUCCUGUAUAGGGUUGCAGGCAAGCUGGAGUCUAUCCCAGCUGACUAUGGGCGAGAGGCGGAGUACACCCUGGACGAGUUGCCAGAUCACCACAGAGCUGACACAUAGAGACAAACAACCAUUCACACUCACACCUACGAUCAAUUUAGAGCCACCAAUUAGUCUAACCACUGUGAGGAAAACCAGAGCACCUAGAGUAAACCCACACAGACACAGGGAGAACAUGCAAACUACAGAGAAAGACCCCUGUCGGCCACUGGGCUUGAACCCAGAGUUCUUGCUUGAACUUCUUGCUGUGAGGCGACAGUGCUAACCACUACGCUGCUAUAUAUAUAUAUAUAUAUAUAUAUAUAUAUUAGUGCUGUCAAGCGAUUAAAAUAUUUAAUUGCGAUUAAUGUCGCGACUGUCAUAGUUAACUCGCGAUUAAUCGCAAUUUAAUCGCACAUUUUUGUCACAUAAAAAAAACAUUGUAAUUCUCUUAUCAGCAUAAAAAAGUGAAUGGGCUUGCUUUGUACCAAUGUUUUUUUUUAUUGCAAAACAUAACGCGUCUUGACACAGCCACUACAAAGUGAAACCUAAGCUGAGCACCGGCGCGGGGCUAGCAAGAGAACCAUGAGUGAAGUGAUCUACUGCUUGAGUGUCUACAACUCUAAUCAGAGAGAUAGAUUACACAGUGACGGUAGCCUUGACAUGCUUGAUUAUAAUAUAAAGUACACUAUUAUAUUAACUUUAAGUUGUUCGUUGAUAAAUAUUGCAUUGAAUCUGAUCUUUACUGUUUCAGCUCACUUAACACAUUUUGUACUUUUACACUUUCUGCCUGUUGAUGCAUCGCACUGUCCAAUCAGAGGUGGCCAAAUUUGCAUAUUACAGGAAGGAUUUCUGGGAUAGCAUUGAGUUUACAGUUCAGAGGGAUCUGGCUUCUUUAGACGCUGUCUUCUUAAAACUGAAUAAAUAUUUAAAAAGAGCCAAAUGAGCCAGUCUUUUGAACGGCUCUUUUCAAAGAACGGAUCACAAAGAUGCGGAUCCCAUCAAAGAGCCAUAAAUCCCAUCUCUACUAGCGCGCCCUGCCCGCGCUGGUUCUUUUGGGGGG